UGUGUGUACAAUGAUGCAUUGUUCACCAAGAAGGAUUGGAAGGGAAUCAGGAUGCUACAUGACAGUGUCAAGGAGGAGGAAGUCCUAAAGGUUGGACGGUUUGGACUUGGAUUCAAAUCUGUAUUCCAUGUCACUGACUUCCCAAGUGUCAUAAGCGGGGACACUGUGUUGUUCAUCAACCCACAAGAGAAGAAUGGUGACCGAGUCUGCUACAUGAAGAAACUGCGUGAACUUCCCAGUGGGAUCAAGAACAUGAUCCUCAACAUCUUCAGUGGCACCUUUGGCUUUACAUCAGACACAACAGACACAGGUCAUUAUCCUGGAACCAUUUUCUGGUUCCCCCUCAGAACCAACAUCUCGAAGCUGUCCGACAACCUUUACACUGAGAAGAAGGUCAUGGAUCUGUUCCAGGCUUUUAAGGCUGAGGCAUCCAUAACUCUCUUAUUUCUGAAGUCAAUAGAGAAGAUACAGUUGUACAGGAGACUGGGGGGAAAGACAGAAAUCCAGUUCUCAUUGCAGCUGUCUCAAGACUGUCUCCAGCAUGUUAGAGCUGAGAAGAAAGACUUCAUGAGGAAAGUGAAGCAGGUACAAGGAGAAAUACCACCAUCAUCAUUACAGAGCGAGUUGAUCGUAACUGUGGAAACAGGGGAUGUUGCAGAGACUAAAUUGACUAAAUUGUCAUCACAGAACUGGAUUGUCAUCAAUUUGUACAAAGGAGGAAGUAUGACUGGAAGGUUCAGAGAACUUUGCCCAUGACACAAGUCUUUCCUACUCCCCCUUUGUGGGUUUGGCUGUUCCUUUGGGUCAACAGUGCGAAGGUCAUGUGUUCUGCUUCCUCCCACUUCCUCUGCAGAGGAACAGUCCCACAGGUCUGCAGGUUCAUGUCAAUGGCUUCUUUGCUUUGAAUCAGAACCGGAGACACGUCAAGUGGCCAACAGCAGAUCAGCUUCAAAAUCAGGCUCACACAGACAAGGCUAUGGAGUGGAAUCAGUGUCUUGUGAGUGAAGUUCUACCAGAGGUUUAUCGUAGCUUGAUAGAUAGCCUUCUUAGAUGCUGCUAUGCAUAUGAUAAUUCAAUUACCAUCAUUCAACAAGUCUACAGAACAAUUCCAGAUGUUGAUGAUAUUGAUGUGCAUUGGAAGCCUCUUGUUUCAACAAUUCUGGCACAGCUUCACAAUAUCCCGUUCCU